AUUCCAUUUUUCUCGAUCACUGGUGUUUAAGCUUUCCUUUAUUUUUUUUUUUUUUUCUGUUUAUUCUCUUUCGUCUUCGUAUCCCUCGAGGAAAAUAUUCCUUAACUUGCGCCUGUUAAAGCUCUUAACUUGCGCACAUCGCCGGCGAUUAAUGAUAAUCUGAUCCCGUCGGUAAGAUCGUAUUAAAUGGAGGUUAUGGUGGGUUCGUCGUUUAGAAUCGGCAUGGCUGCGUACGUUAGGGAUCGUGGCGGCGUAUCGGCGCAGGAUAAGUCUGUUCCGGCGGCUCUGUUUUUGGCGGAUGAAACAAGACGCGGUGGAUCGCAGAUCGGGAUGGGAUUGAGGGUAAGUAGUAAAUCGCCAGAUGAAUCGUCGGAGGAGGAUAGUCUAUCGUCGAUCGGAGAGAGCAGCGAAAACGAGGAGGAAGAGGAAGAAGAAGACGACGCCGUUUCGUUUCAAGAAGGAGGAGCACUUGAUUCGUUUUGUUCCUCUUUAGAAGACUCUCUGCCUAUUAAGAGAGGAUUAUCAAACCAUUACAUAGGUAAAUCGAAAUCGUUUGGGAAUUUAAUGGAAGCGAGCAACAUCAAAGCCAAGGAUCUGGAGAAAGCAGAGAAUCCAUUCAACAAGAGGAGGAGAUUGCUUAUUGCUAAUAAGCUAAGGAGAAAAGGAAGAUCUUUAUCAGCUUCACAUUUCUACACUUGGCAAAACCCUAAUUCCAUGCCUUUACUUGCACUCCAAGAACCCAAUGAAGAGGAUCACAAUGACGAGGACGAUGAUGGUGAUGAUCAAACUAUAAAGUUGUUGGAGAAGAGGAAGAUGAUGAUGAUGAUAAAGAAUAAGAAAGAUGAUUUGAUGGCUCAGACUCAAAGCUGUUUCUGUCUAAGUAGUUUGCAAGAGGAAGAUGAUGAUGGUGGUGGUGAUGAUGAUGAAUGAUCAAAUUGGUAACAUGUUUCUGUAAUACUUAAUAUUAAUUUGUUUUUCUCUUGUGAAUUUGUUUUUUAAAAGGGAGAUUAGAGAUUUAGAGGAAGCUUCAGUGGUAAAAGAUUUGAUUUGUUAGGAAUAUUAUUAUUAAUAUUAAUCUAUUCAUUAUUA